GGCUCUCCAGCCACCUGUCUUCUCCACUGCCUGCACCAGCCCAUCUCAGGUGCCUUCUCACCGGCCUUCCUCACCCACCAUGUCUCGGCAGUCCUCCAUCACCUUCCAGUCUGGCAGCCGCAGAGGCUUCAGCACCACCUCGGCCAUCACCCCGGCAGCUGGCCGCUCCCGCUUCAGCUCUGUCUCUGUGGCCCGCUCUGCAGCAGGGAGUGGGGGCCUGGGAAGGAUCAGCAGUGCUGGGGCCAGCUUUGGGAGCCGCAGCCUCUACAACCUGGGGGGUGCCAAGCGGGUCUCCAUCAGUGGGUGUGGCAGCAGCUUCCGAAGUGGCUUUGGUGGCAGGGCCAGCAACGGGUUUGGAGUCAACAGUGGAUUUGGCUAUGGGGGUGGAGUUGGAGGAGGCUUCAGUGGCCCCAGCUUCCCCGUGUGUCCCCCUGGAGGCAUCCAAGAGGUCACUGUCAACCAGAGUCUCCUGACUCCUCUUCACCUGCAAAUCGACCCCGCCAUCCAGCGGGUGCGGGCCGAGGAGCGCGAGCAGAUCAAGACCCUCAACAACAAGUUCGCCUCCUUCAUCGACAAGGUGAGGUUCUUGGAGCAGCAGAACAAGGUCCUGGAGACCAAGUGGGCCCUCCUGCAGGAACAGGGCUCCAGGACUGUGAGGCAGAACCUAGAGCCCCUCUUUGAUUCCUAUAUCAGUGAGCUCCGACGGCAGCUGGAAAGCGUCACCACUGAGAGGGGCAGGCUUGAAGCUGAACUGAGGAACAUGCAGGAUGUUGUGGAAGAUUUCAAAGUCAGGUACGAAGAUGAAAUUAACAAGCGCACGGCUGCUGAGAAUGAAUUUGUAGCCCUGAAAAAGGACGUAGAUGCUGCCUACAUGAACAAGGUGGAGCUGGAAGCCAAGGUCAAAUCUCUGCCCGAGGAGAUCAACUUCAUCCACUCAGUCUUUGAUGCAGAGCUGUCCCAGUUGCAGACCCAGGUCAGUGACACAUCCGUGGUGCUGUCCAUGGACAACAACCGCAACCUGGACCUGGACAGUAUCAUCGCCGAGGUCAAAGCACAAUACGAGGACAUUGCCAACCGCAGCCGGGCCGAGGCUGAGUCCUGGUACCAGACCAAGUACGAGGAGCUGCAGGUCACCGCAGGCAGACAUGGGGAUGACCUUCGAAACACCAAACAAGAGAUCUCUGAAAUGAACCGCAUGAUCCAGAGGCUGAGAGCUGAGAUUGACAGCAUCAAGAAGCAGUGCUCCAGCUUGCAAACAGCCAUUGCUGAUGCAGAGCAGCGGGGGGAACUGGCUCUCAAGGAUGCACGGGCCAAGCUGGUGGACCUUGAGGAGGCCCUGCAGAAGGCCAAGCAGGACAUGGCUCGGCUCCUGCGUGAGUACCAGGAGCUGAUGAACAUCAAGCUGGCCCUGGACGUGGAGAUCGCCACCUACCGCAAGCUGCUGGAAGGCGAGGAGUGCAGGUUGAGUGGAGAGGGAGUUUCUCCAGUUAACAUUUCUGUGGUCACCUCCACUCUUUCCAGUGGCUAUGGACGCGGCAGCAGCAUUGGAGGUGGAAACCUGGGCCUCGGUGGGGGCAGAGGCUACUCCUUCACCACCAGUGGUGGGCAUAGCCUGGGUGCAGGCCUGGGAGGUUCUGGAUUCAGUGCCACCAGCAACCGGGGCCUAGGGGGCAGUGGUUCUAGCGUCAAGUUUGUCUCCACCACAUCCUCCAGCCAGAAGAGCUACACGCACUAAGAGAGCCCCAUGGCUCCCUCUCCCCUGCCUUGAGGCCUGUUUGCAGUCACACCUGGACACCAGGGUCCUCCUCCUUCCUCUCUCCUUGUAAGGUGCACCUGUGCUGCUGGGAGCCUGGAGUACUGGCUACACCCAUUCCCAGGCCUAAGCCAGCCUCUCCCUCCUGACAGUGCCCAGACUGCCAGCAGCACCCGUCUGUUACAUAUGUGAAACCAAAGCCUGCUGUCUCCCAAGGCUCUCAUUCAGCCUAUCUUGCGAGGCCCGGGCAGCUGGAAAGUCCUCCUCCAGGUCCACCUCCCUCCCUCCCUCCCUCCAGAUGCAGAGGCUGGGGAGUCUCUCAAUGCCAGGUUGUCACCCAUCUGUCUCAUAGUGUUUAUAAGUGGCCUGCUGGGAGUGAGCGCUCCCUCUGUUCCCUCCCUGGAAUGUGUCUAUUAAAUGCAUGUGUCACCUGUUUGGUGUCUGGCCCUCUGUUUGGAAUGGUGACUGACCCAAAGCAAUUCUCCUCCUCUCCCAGGCCUGCUCCCAGCAUGGGGAUCACACAAGCAGUGCUCAGAGGCAUCAGCCCUUGCCCCUUCCCUCUGAGCUAAGAAAGCUGGCUGGGAGGAAGGGAGGGCGGACUGCAGAGGUGCAGGGAGUGCAGGGCUGGCCAGACUUCCUUUUCCCUCUCCUUGGCAUGCCUUGUUUGGAAAGCUGGAGCUGCUGGGAGAAGCCCAGACCGGCCUCCCUGCUCUGUUAGUGAUGUCCCCCUUCCAAACCAGUGUUCCAGAAUACUGACGCCGGGUGGGCGGCCCAGCAGAGGGGCUGAUUGUUCCCUGACAGUUUCAAACUUGCAGACCCAGCAGAGAAAUAACAGGCCACGAAGAGGAGUUAAAAGGCAGCCUUGGGAGCAACGCUUUCACCAAGGAGAGGAGCCAUUUAGCCCAUAAUUGCAGGCAGCAGUGAGAUAUCCAGUAAGCUCCCACAUUCCUGAGUUUACAGUCUCCUGGACCCCUCCCAUCAGGCCUGAGCUGGGGCAUGGCCCAGUGGGCUCACCCAGAGUGGGGCAGUCGAUGUGGGCUUGGAGGGAGUGAGUUCAAUGCUCAGGAACUGAUGUGAGCUACUUGGGACAGGGUUCUAAAACACCCUUGUCCAGGGUGAAGAAGCAGGAAGUGAAGUCAGGGGAGAGGGAGGCCGUGAAUCAGGAGGGAAGAUGAGUGUAAAACCAGGGGCUAAAAUUUGGAAUGGAUGGGAGAGGGAGGACGGCAGGAAGGAGAGAAAUGACACUGAGAACAAUUGUGAAAUCCCUGGUGUUAGGGUGAGGGCGAGUUCAGACCAAGAGACGAGAGAAGUGGAGGGACAGGAAUUUGGAGUGACAUUCUCAGGCUUUCUCCACUGGCCAAGCUGGCUCUCAUCUCUGAGCCUGAUCUUCCCAACUGUGUGGGGUGCAAUGAUUCAGGGCAUGGGACCAGGAGUCCGGGUUCUAACAAUGGCCCCAGUGCUCACUAGCUAUGUGACCUCAACAAAGGUGCCUAACUACACUGUGUCUCAAUCGGCCUCC